AUGUCUGAAUCCAUAUUCAAAGUUCGUACUAAGAAAUAUUUGAAACCAAUCUUAGAAACAUAGAUAAUUGGUAUAUCUAGAGUAAUUCUUGGAUUGCCCAUUGAUCACGUAUUUGAUAGAUUCAAGACUUUACUUUAAGCUGAGAACACUCAAUCAUCAAUGAAAUAAUUACUCAAAGAUACUUAUCGAAGGAACGGAGUUCUCAAAGGAGUUUUUGCUGGUUUCUCAUCCCAAAUCAGUAUUCAAUUGUUUAAACAAUACUACAGAUGGCCAAUGAUGAUAUUGAUCCCCAAAUACUAUAGGGAACUUUUACCAUAAACUUGGAUUGAGUAUCAUCCUGCCUUACACAAAGGAUUGGCAGGUGCAACAAUCGCAUUAUUUGAAUCUUUUGUCACUUGUCCUUUGGAAAGAAUUAAAUGUUAAUUGAUGACUCAACAUUAAUCAAAAUCAAUACUUAAAUAGUUAUGGAGAAAUGAAAGGUCCUUGUCUCAUUUUAUGAGGAAUCUUUACACCGGCAUGGAAGCAAUGGUGUUGAAAUAAAUAGUAUCUUGGACGAACUACCUCUAUUGGGACCACAAGAUUAGAUACUCAUUUAAAGAGAGCCCAAGUCAAGCUCUAACUUUGCCUUAAAUUGCAAUGUGUAGUCUAUUGACUGCAAUCCCAAACAUCCUUUUUGUCUAACCAUUUGAUGCUGUGAAGACGGCGUAUUAAAUGGAACAAAAUGGAAAUUACAAAUAAUUAACUCUUCCAAAAGCCUUUAUCAAAGUUUAUAUGGACAAAGGCUUCAUUGGGUACUAUGCUGGUUGGUAGCUGAGACUGUCUCAAUUUAUGGUUUAGGCAGCCUUAACUACUCCAGUAAUGGAUUAUUUGGAAAGAUUACAUGGUCUACCAUGUGAACUCUGA